AUGUUUUCAGAGGUUUCAGAUGGUCAGUCUGAUGGUGGUCGGGACAACGAAGGUACUGCUCAGACAGCGAUUCUGAUGACCGCCAUCGUCUGCGCAAUCGCCGCCAUGUUGUGUGUUGGUGCGUGUGGAUUUUGCUUUUAUCAGAAAUGCUGUGUUGACAUAUCAACAACACAGUGGACACGACAGGUGUACAGUGAACACUCCAGCAAUACAGAAGACACAUCACCAACUGAGUGGACACAACAGGUCUACAGUGAACACUCCAACAAUACAGUAGAUACAUUAACAAUAGAGGGGACACGACAGGUCUACAGUAAACACUUCAACAAUACAGUUUACAGUGAACAAUCCCACAAUACAGGAGACACAUCAACAAAACAGUGGACACGACAGGAUUUCAGCGAACACUUCAACAAUACAGAAGACACAUCAACCAAAGAGUGGACACGACAGUACAGUAGAUACAUCACCAAUAGAGUGGACACGACAGGGCCACAUAUUGAACACUCCAACAGUACAGUAGAUACAUCACCAAUAGAGUGGACACGACAGGUCUAUAGUGAACACUCCAACAUUACAGUAGACGCAUCAACAAUAGAGUGGACACGACAGGUCUACGGUGAACUUUCAAACAAUACAGUAGACACAUCAACAAAAGAGUGGACACGACAGGUCUACAGUGAACACUCCAAAAAUACAGUAGAUACAUCACCAAUGGAGUGGAUACGACAGGUCUAUGGUGGACACUCCAACAAUACAGUAGACACAUCAACAAUAGAGUGGACACGACAGGUCUACGUAGACGCAUCACCAACGGAGUGGACACGACAGGUCUACGGUGAACAGUCCAACAAUACAGUAGACACAUCAACAAUAGAGUGGACACGACAGGUCUACAGUGAACACUCCAACAAUACAGUAGAUACAUCACCAACGGAGUGGAAACGACAGGUCUACAGUGAACACUCCAACAAUACAGUAGAUACAUCACCAAUAGAGUGGACAGGUCUACGGUUCACUGAUGAGGCUGAUGAGGCUACCUAUGUUGAGGCUCUCAACAAUGAGUUUGAACUCAAAGGUCGAGCUAAGGACGGUGUUGAAAACGUUUUGAAAUAUUUCAGUUGCUCAACGUUGGCUUUGCUGACGUUCAAAUCUACUAAAGAUCACAAAAGGGACCAGCAUCUCGGUGUUAUAGCCAUUCCCAAAACGACAACUGAAACGUUGCCGCAACCUAAUUUUGCACCGAAAGUACCUGCCAUCAGGAAAAAGACCCUGCACCAACAGGAACACAAACUGGAACUACCGACGUCUGCGCUUGUCAAGAAAGGAUCUGUGAUUAAGUCUGGCAAAAGCGAUGAAUGUCUCACACAAUGGGUAAAGAAAGGAGCUGAUGUUGAUAUUCCGCCGAACGAAGAAGUUGCUGCGAUGUGCAUAUCUGAAACGACUGAAAACACAGGGGAAGAGGUUAAUAAGCUAGACUGGGAAACAUGCUUGAAGGAAAACGAUUUCAACGGAAUUAAAUACUUGUUACAAGAGGAGAUCAGUCCACCGAAUUACGGAACAUAUAACAGCGCUGUUACAUUUCUAUCCGAGCAGGAGGAAGAUUUAAAUAGUCUAUGCCGCAAUGUAAGUAAACACAUACUUAGAAACAUUCCACAUGCAAAGGUUGUGUAUCCGGCCAAAAGUCCAAAACAUAAUAAAAUCUACUUUGUGGUACUUUCUACCAGUCCAAGUGAUAAAAAGUAUUUCGACGAAUUUCCAUUAAAAGUGAAGUAUGCAUAUACAAAAAGUGAAGAAGAGCAAUACGUUAGACGAAAGGAGACGUCAAAUGUAUUGCAUUUUCAGACGGAAGAGGACAAAAAAAGCAUUACCAAUGUGAUAGAGAAAGCACAUGAACAGUUUUCGAAACACCCGAAUGUUUCACGUAUUUCCUAUAGCUUUUACAAGUCGAAGCGUUUCGGAGAAGCUGAUGCAGAACUUGAAUACAAAGACAAAGGCUGUGUGGUCAUUUUUGUUUACCUAAAGAAGUGGAUUCCAGUAGGAAUAAACGCUUUCCCAGAUAUGUUUGAAGGAUACCCCGUAGAUGUUCGCCAAGAUGUGAUGAUAAAAAUGCACUUUUUAAAGGUUCCUUCAGACAAAAUUAUAAAAAUAGGGGGCGGCACAAUCCAAGGAAACCUAAAAAAGAGAGGUUCAAGCACACAUUAUGCUCUGACAUCGGCGCAUGCAGCUGUAGGAGAGGAAACUCUUGACAAAAUGCUUAUUGAUAAAACACCCUACAUGGAUAACUCAGACAACAGAUUGGUUGACUUGGGUGUACAAAAUGGAACAGUUGAGGCAGUGGCAUAUCAGGAAUCGCCACAUGUUGACGUAGCAGCAAUCGCAUUGAAUGCUCCUCUGUUGGAAAAAGAAGUUAUAUUUGACUGGAUGAAGCACGGAUUUCGAAGGACGUUGAAGUUAAAUAACGAUCGCAAUGUUCAAUGCUGUUCUGCAAAAGAUAACGACAUUGUCCUUAAAUACGGGGAAACAACAGGAUUAACAUUUGGAUUUGUCCGCAAUUCUUCGGCUAAGCUUUCAGGCUUAAAUCAAACUGAUCUGAUAGAAAUCUGGUCUGUAGAUCCAGAAAACAUUUCAAGAUUUGCAUCUACUCUAUCCGCAGGACAUCCGAAAGUACGUGAUCAGGAGUUAAACGGAUUUCAGACUGUUUUUUCCGAUGUUGGAGAUUCUGGAGCUUUUGUUUACGCGGUAAACCCAAACGCUUUCGAAGGUAUUGAUAAAAGUGCCGACAAAAGAUUUGGCCAAAACGAUGAUCUCGCGCUUGUAGGAUUGGUCACUUCGGGAGAAGACGACAAAUCUUAUGCCACCGAUUUGAAAAAGAGUCUGGAAGAACUGAAGAACAACUACGAAUUUAGUUAAUGGGAUGAAUUUCACACAUUACGAAAUUGCAGCUGUCGCAAUUUUACAGAACCUGGGUUGGUUUUAAAUUGAUAUUUCAGAUCUUACAAAAUAAUUUAAAAAAACUUUUAAAAUGUAAAGAACGUCUUGUAGUUGCCUAAAUGUUUCAAUUGAGGAUAAAACGAUAGACCACAAAGCUCGCAGUUUAUGUUUUUAAAAUGUAAAUAAUUUAUAUUCGUAAUUAGGUGAGUGUAACUCUGUUUUUCAGUAAAUAACAAAUAGAAAAUGGAUAUCUGAUGUAUUUAAUGAUAUCAAUUUUGGGGACAUGCUUUUUAUUCAAGUUAAUAUGAGAUGAUAUUAGUCUGCCUUUUUAUUGCUAAUUAAAAAUAUAUCUUCAAAAUGGCUGCCACAGAUAAGCUACAUUGAACUGUACCUUAUCAACCAUAGUUGCGCUGAUUUAAAACCAAUGAUUAAUUGAUAUUCGUUGUCUUUGCCUUGUAUUGCAUUGGACAUUUUGGUGCCAUUUCCACUAUUUAUCAAAGGUAGUGAAAGAUAACGUUUGCUUACGAGGUCUUUCGAUUAUCAUUUGUGUGUAUUUGUUUUACUCUGAAAAUACGACAGUUUGAGUUAUUAUUUAGAUUGCAUAUGUCUGUAUAUGUUUUGUAUGUGUGUGUUUUAGACGCAAUGUGAAUUACACCUUUAGUCAGUACAUUCGUAGUGCUAUGUUGUUUUGUUUUUGUUUUUGCUUUUAUUUUUUUUAUUUCUGCUAUAUAUAUGACAUGAUCGGUUAUAUUUCGGUCAAACCAAAUUGAUUAUUUCGUCAUCGAAUUUACCUGUGUGAAUGUGUCCUGUCACAUCAUCUUAUGCAAUUAAUGAUAAACUAUUCAUUUGUAUGUUCAACUUUUUCAUUCCUUGUUCCUCAAACUUUAAAACCAAUAUUACCACUCCGUCGCCCAUAUUUUAUAAGAAGAAAUUCAAAUGCUAACUUCGGUGUGGCCUUAUAUAUAUAUUUAUUAACUGAUAUAUUUAAAAAGAUGAUUUCACAGUCCGUUUUACAAAUGCAAACACUGUAAAGCUCGUCCAUUUUCGAACGGAUUGUUAAAUCCAUCCGCUUUAAGAGAUGAUAUUUUUCGAGAUAUCCAAUCCCAUUGCGCGAUGAUAUUUUGAGUUUUUAACUAAAAACAUUCGUUUGGACGGCCAAAUAGUGUGCUGCAAUAAACAUGUUGAAAUUGCAUGGUACAUUGCUUGCUUUUAAUGAUUAUACAUUUUAAAAACAUAAAAGCUUACGCUCGCCAGAGUGUUUAUCAAAAUAUGUAUGAUAACCAAGACAUCAAUUGGGUUUGUUCUUACUGAUACGGUAUUGAAAUAAUCAGUUAUAAA